AUGGUCCGUGUGCACGAAAUUCAUGACAAUAUACAUGCUCAGGAUCCCAGGGCAUCUGUGCUGACAAAUUCGGAUGACAGCGAUUUUACCGAUGCUUCAGAUGAUGAAUACCUGUUGAACGAACAAUCCAAAACUUCUCUGAUAGGCUUUGGCGACCAUGAUGAUGAUGAUCGCCACUCCGUUUGUUCAAUCGAAAACGAAAGCAUCGUUGAUCGAGUAAAGGCGCUUAAAUAUAUGAUACCAUAUGACGUCAGGGUUUACCUCUUUUCUCUUUUCACCCGCUCAAGGGCUCUGGUGAUUAAUUUUUUGUAUUUUUCCAGAAAAUUUGCAUGGGUUUCCAUCACGUCAACAUUUCUUCUUGGGUUCCCCCUUUACUAUGAAUAUCAGCGGGAACAGCAACUUAAAUUCUCCGAUUUAAAUAUGAGCUUUUCGCCUGCUGCCACAUCACCAAUUUAA